AUGCCCGAAGACAAGAGACCGUCGGCCGCAACGUCCAAACAGGCCGCCAAGCGUCUCCUCAGGGAGCUAGACACGUGGGAGGAGGAGCGCAAGGAGGAAAAAGGAAUCGAGAGGCUCGGUCCUGUCAGCGAGGAGGAUAUAUUUACCUGGGAAGCUGUGGUGAAUGGCUAUGGUGUAGGAAACGGUUAUGACGCCGGCCGCUGGCUCAUCAGCAUCGAGAUCCCACCGCAUUACCCCCUCCAACCGCCGCGGAUGCGCUUCGUCACCCCCAUCGUCCACGCCAACAUAGCCCUCCAGACGGGCGAGAUCUGCCUCGACCUGCUCAAGGACGCCUGGACCCCGGCCUACAGCGUGCUCGAGUGCGUGCGCGCCGUGCGCAUGCUGCUCGCCUGUCCCGAGACGGACAGCCCGCUCAACGUCGACGUCGCGGCCCUGCUGAGGGGUGGCGACGUCCUCGGCACCAGGAGGCUCGUCGAGUGUUGGUGUGCCGACGAUGGGGGGAGGUAUGACGGGGCUUGA